UUUUCUGCCAGUGGUCUAAUCUAACUUCGAUAUAAUAGGUUAUUUUGUUGGGUGAGAUGUUAAAAAAAUCGACUCACUUUCAGUUGCGCGCACAGUGGUCAGAACUGAUCUGAAGCUAGUUGUUCGGUGAAGUAGGCGACUUGAUUCCUGCUAUGACUAACUUUGAUCACAAGCAAUAAAUAGCCUACAGCUCGUGGUCGCUGACAAGUCUAUGGAAUAUGUACGUAUACAAUGCGGUAUGAGUGAAGCGAAGUAGGCACUAGACUACAAGAACAAGCAUUCAUGGCUGCCGAUGAGUCAACAGUGAUUGUAACUUUUUCUGAAGUCCAAAGUCGCUUCUAGGCUACAAAUGGGUUCCAUGUUUGAUCUGAGCGUUGCUGUAAGACUCUAUUUGCUGUCUUGUUUCGUUGUAUCUGUGGACUUCACUUUAGGCUUGGGACAAAGCCAAGAUACUGAAUUCACGUUUCAACUCCCUGCAGGUAGAACAGAAUGUUUCUACCAAACAGCUACGAAGAACGGAAGCCUGGAAGUAGAAUACCAGGUGAUUGCAGGUGCAGGCCUGGAUGUGGGCUUCACCCUGAUCUCCCCCAGCGGAUACAAGCUGGCCUCUGAGUUCAGGACAUCUGACGGCAUCCACACGGUGGAGCCUACAGAGGAUGGAGACUACCGGCUGUGUUUUGACAACAGCUUCAGUAAGCUUUCUGAGAAGAUGGUGUUCUUCGAGGUGAUCGUGGAGGGCCAGCCUGGGGACACCUGGGGCGAUGAAGAGUGGGCUGAUAUGGCCGAGCCAGAGAGUAUGGUGGAGUACAAACUGGAAGACAUCAGGGAGACCAUGGACUCAGUGCACAGGCACCUGGAGCGGAGCCGGCAGCUUCAGACCAUGCUGAGGGCCUUCGAGGCCCGGGACCGCUAUCUACUGGAGGACAAUCUGUGGAGGGUCUCGUUCUGGUCCUCCAUGAGCCUCCUGGUCAUCCUGACUGUGGCCGUCACACAGGUCUAUACCCUCCGACGCCUCUUCGACGACAAGAGGGUCUGCAAACCCUAGUGUCCAGUAGUAUCUUCCACCAUCCCCACACCCUUCCCAGUGGUAUCUUCCACCAUCCCCACACCCUUCCCAGUGGUAUCUUCCACCAUCCCCACACCCUUCCCAGAGGUAUCUUCCACCAUCCCCUCACCCUUCCCAGUGGUAUCUUCCACCAU